GUCGACACUAAACGACAGCAGAACCGGAGAGGGUGUUCCUGUUUUAUCUGUUUGACUCUGUUCAGAACUGUGUUUAGAUGUGUGGGGGGAUGAAGACUCCCCCUGACAUGCGCACUUCAUCAUCUUCACCUCCUCACAGCACUGUGGAGGGGAUCUUUCCUCCCGCCGUCCAUCGUUUCCUCUUCAGCCAAUCAGGAGAGUUUAAGGUGGCUCACCUGGUCGUCAGGGCGCUUUUUGGAGCGGUGAGCGGAGCAGCUCUGUUCCUCGGAGUCUCACACAGCCUCCCCCUGACCUUUGACCUCUGGCUGACAGUGGGAUGUUUCUUCAUCGGUGUGUGCGCGGUGGGCGGAGCCUUGUCCUCCUCCUGCAGGUGUUCAGUCCUCCUGAUGUUUCCCAGCAUGCUUGGCUCCCGCGGGCGGUCCUACCUGAUGCUGUUAAUCGUGACGGUGCUCUGCAGGGGUCCUCUUUCUAACAUCCAGAGGAACGUGGAGACGGCGGCUCUGUCUCUCAGCUGUAACCUGGACCUGCAGGUUCAUCACAGCAAGCUCCUGUGGAGAGACGCCAUCAGACCCUUUCUCCUCAUCACACAGGAGCUCAUGGACGAUAAAGACGAGUUUCAGUCGGAGGCUCUGAGCGUCAGCAGGAAGUUUCAGAACAUCCGAGAUGCAGUUGUCCUUCAGUACGGAUAUGACCUCUUCAAACAGAAACACGCCACCGCCACCAACAGCACACAGGAGCAGUUCAUGUCAAAGACCAUGAUGCAGUGCGACAGUGUGGUGGACGAGGGCGUGCAGCGCUGUGCUGAUUGGUUCAGCCUCAGGUGGGCGGAGUGUAUGGAGGCAAUCCCGGUCCCUGUCAUUAGCCACAUCCUGUGCGUGUCCAUGAAGUUCCACUUCCUGUGUGAUGUCAUGAGAGUGAUGACGCCGUGGUGCAGAGAGCAGAUUCCUGUGGAGGGAAACUUCGGUCCACUCUUUGACCAGCUCAACUCUUCAGUCGACCUUCUGUCCAGAGAGUUCAGGGCGGAGCUGGUUCUGCAGGAGCAGCAGCAGCAGAUGGUGUUGCAUGGAUCUGUGCUGGAUGAAGAGUUCACUCAGGCCGUCAGAGGAAACCUGGAGACGCUGAACAGAACGGUGAAACGGCUGCUGGACAUCCUUCAGCUGCUGCUGUCCUUCACCUUCAUCACCAUCUUCACUCAAGCAUUUGGGUACCUCAGGCGAUACCGGAGGGACGUCCGCUUCGACAAUGUCUACAUCACCACCUACUUCAGACAGAUCGAUGCCCACAGGAGGAGAGCGAGAAAGCGCCACCUGCUGCCUUUGAACCAAUCAGAGAAGAAGAAGAUCAUCAACCCCUGGAGUUUAAAAAUCCACCCAGAGGAGCUCAAACAAGUGACAUCAGGUGUGUUCCAGGUCCUCUCUGUCUUCCUGCUCUCUGUCGUCCUGCUCACCGUAGACUUCUCUCUGUUCCACGUGUUGGACAUCGUCAGCAGACACACCUUCACCCAGCUCAAUGUGACCAGUAAAGACCUACACACUGAAGUCCAGGUAGUCACCAGGUGGACAUCCAAGUAAACGGAGACUCAAUGAUGGCCCGCCUCCUGAGGAAGACAGUCUCGGCCUUCAACAGCUCGUCCGUCCUGGACAUACACACCGACAACCAAAUCUGUACGUCUCCCCCCUCCUCCCUCUCUGCUGGUGUGUACAUCAGUUGUGUAUUUUGUGUGCUGUUGUUGGCCGUCUUCAGCUGCCUGCAGGUUUACACCAACCGCCUCCGACGCGCCAUUGCCGCCUUCUACCACCCA